AUUAAAAGCAUUUCAAAUGUUGUCUCACAUUAUUCAUUUUAUAUAUUAGGAGAGGAAAUAGUUGUGCAUAAGGAUUAUGAGGUGAGCAUAGUGGAAGAGCAGCCGACGGAAGAAGAACAAUCGCAACCGCAACAAGAAGAGCGUCCACUACAGGUUAGGAUCAUUGAGGAGGUGCCAGAGGUCGAAGAAUCUCAUCCGAUUGAAGUGAUAGAGGAGGAGCAGCCAGAGGAGGAGGAUGUGCCAACAGUCGGUGAAGGGGAGAAGCCUAAAAAGAAAAAGAAGAUUGUGAAGAAGAAAUUAGACGAGCAUGAUGUCAUCAUACAAAAACUACUUGAACAGGAAAUCGAGAAGACCGAACUGGAGAAAUAUGAAAAAUUCGAAUUUGAAAGACCCGAAAAGGUUAAGCCCGAAUUCGCUAACAUCGAGCCACAAAAAAUCGAACGUAAGGAGCAGAAACCUACUAAAUUGGUCGUUGUGGAAACGACGGAAGAACCACAAUCCAUUAAACUGAAGCCAGCUAAACGUAAGCCAAAAGCAGUCGAAGAGCAGGCAGUACAAUUGCCCAAGUUUAAACUGAAGAGUCGCAUGGAACUGGUUGAAUACCCGCCUGAGGCUGAAUUGCCGCAAAUAACGGAAAUUGGCGCAGUUCGGGAAAGUGGUGAACUUACUCGCAAUAUUGAGGAAGCCGAAGAACUGCUCAAAUUCAAACCACAAAAGGUUAAGAAGUUGAAGAAAAUAAAGGGCGAUUUGGAAAAGCCGCAAUUGGAGAAAUAUGAGAAGUAUGUCAGCAGUGAAGAGGAAAUCGAAGAAACUGCACCCUAUCAAAAGCCUGAAAAGACACCAAAGGCAGAAGAUAAGCCCGAGGAAGUUAAGCUUAAGAUCGGCAAAGGCAAAAAGAAACCCAUUGCUGAGGAACAACCCGAGAGUGUUACUUUGAAAAAGACUCCUUUGAAGCCUAAGGAAGCUGAAGUGGUUGAAGAAAGUGUGCCCAAAAAGAAAGAGGAGGUACCAGUUAAAGUUAUUGAAGAAACACCAGAACAGCCCACAUAUGAACUGCAGCCGUUCGAACCCACGGAAUUUGAACAACCAGCAUACGAAAAGGAGGAACUAGAACCCGUGGAAAUGCCUGAAGAACCUAAAAAAGAAAAGAAAGAGCCGAAACAAAAACCAAAGCCUAAAUCGAAACCAAAGCCCGAACCAGAAGUAAAUAUAACUCAAAUAGUUCCUGGUGUACCAAAAGAACAAGAAGAGGUACCUGAGGAUGAGGUGAAAUUCCGCAUUCCAGAAAGCGAGGUACCUGAAGAAUCGAAAGAGGAAGUUAAAUUGAAGCCAAUUAAGAAGGUUAAAGAGGCACCAGCACCCGUAGAGGAAGCUAAGAUAGUGCCACAAGAGGAAGACACAGAAAAGAUUCCAAUUCCCGAUGCCGAGGAGCAAGCCGAGAAGAAGAAGAAACCAAAAGCAAAGAAAGCACCACAAAAAGAGGCGGAAUCUGUAGAAGAAAUACCUGAAGAACAGUUUGAGAUUUCUGUGACCGAGGAGCAGCCUACUGUUCCCGAGCAAACUGUUGAAGAGAAAGCUGCUGAAGUCAAGCUAAAGAAGAAAAAACCGAAAGAGGCACCACUUGCCGAAGUGCAGGUGGUCGAAGAUGUACCGAAAGAGGAGAUAAUAGAGGAAGCUCCAGUUGAGUACAAAAUUACAACAACAGUUAUUGAACCUGAAGAAGCACCAGAGGAACAUAAAGUGCGUGUUAUUGACUACGAUCAGAAAGAGGUCACUGUCGAAGAAGUGGUGGAAGAACGAGUGGUCACACGCAAAAAGAAACCCAAACCACAAAAGCCUGAAGAAUAUGAAUAUAGUAUUACUGAGCCCCAAAUUUCAGAAGUGCCAUCCGAAGUGAUAGAAACUAUUCCAGCACAGGAUGAGCAACCAGAAGAGGUAGCUCCUGAUGAAGCAGUGGUAGAUGUGAAAGAAACCGGGGCUGCGCCAGAAGAACCAGUCGCCAAGGUGAGCAUAAAGAAGAAGAAACCAAUUAAGAAACUGGAGGAAGAAGUUGAGGUUGAGGAGGUUCCUCUUGUUGAGGAAGUCAAAGAACAUGUUUCCGAAAAGGAAGUUAUUGAGGAUACUGAGACUAAAGAGGUGCUCAAGAAAGUGAAACCGAAGAGCUAUAAAUUCAAGCUAACCGAAACAGAAGCCGAAAAAGCGCCCGAGCAACUUGCCGAAGAAAUUCCAGAAGAAGAGGAGAAGCCACAGCCAGUAGUAGAAGAAAUUGCAGAAGAUUUCCCAACCUAUGAAAUCACCACUACGGAUAUUGAAGCCGAGGUUACGAAACAAAUAGAAGAGAUUCAAGAGGUUGUCAAAGAGAAAAAGCCUAAAAAGGUAAAGACCUCAGAGGCUCCUAAAGAAUAUGAAAUCGGAGUAGUGGAAGAAGUGGUGCCUAAACCAGUUGAAGAGGUGGAACAGCCCGAUGGUGCCGUCUUCUCAAUUAAGAAAAAACCAAAGAAAGAGGUGCCUGAAGAAUUUGAGGCUGCUGUGGUUUUGACUGAGCUGAAACCGGUAGAGGAAGUCGAAACGGAGGUUGCGGUAAAGAAAAAACCGAAGAAACCGAAAACGCAGGAAGAUGUUUCUGUCAUCCACGAAAUUAAGGUGGUUGAAACGGAAACUCCGAAGGAGGAAAUUGAAGAGCAAACGACACAGGAAGUAGUAGUCACCAAAAAGGCACCCUCGAUCGAAGAGGUUCCUGCUGAAUACAAAUUCGGAAUUGUUGAGUCACAAGUUGAAGAAAGAGUGCCUUCGGUUGAAUUCACAGUCAAAGAAGAAGAAACUGUUGAGCAACCAGUGGAAGAGCCUGAGGCCCAAUUCGUUAUCGAGGAAAGUAAACCUACAGAAGAAGUUGUAGAAGAAGCCAAAAUCAAAACCAAAAAAUCCAAAAAGAAGCCAACGGAGACACAAGAGGUCGAAUUGAAAGUGAAAGUCACAGAAGAAGUUCCGGAAAAACCCACUCAGGUGGAGGAAGAGAUAGAUGAGAUUAUAACUGAACCUGAAAAGGUUGUGCCCGAGGAAAAACCCAAAGAGUAUGUCAUUGGUAUUAAGGAAUCAAUGCCAGAAAAAACUGAACCAUUGGUUUUCGAAGAGCCUGAAAUUCCCAAAGAGAAAGAGCUAGUCGAAGAAGCACCAGUUCAAGAGGUAAAAGUUAUCACUACAACCCCGAAAGAAGAAAUUAUUGAGGAGGUAUCUGUGGUUAAGAAAAAGGUGAAGAAGCCGAAAGAAACCAAAGAAGAGCUCAAGGUGGAUGUUGUUGAAGAGACUCCAAAAGCUGAGGAAGAGAAACCACAUCAAGUCAUAUUGAGUGCUCCGACUGAAAUUGAGGAGAAAGUGGAAGAAAAACCAAAGGAAUAUGAGGUUCAAAUUAAGGAGACUGUGAUUGAAAAGCAACCAGAGGAAACAGCUCAGGAAGAAAUUGCUCUGCCAAAGAAAAAGAAACCUGUUCCACAAGUGACUGAAGAACCUGAAGCGGAGGUAAGAUUGACAACUACGAAACCUGUUGAAGAAGUACAGGAGGAAGUUAAAAUUAAGAAGAAACCUAAAAAGAAGCCUGAAGAAGGCGAAGCCGCAGCUGAGCUGAAAGUUACAGUUGUUGAAGAACUUCCUGCUACUCCCAUUGUAGAAGAAAUUAUAGUGGAAGAAGAGCAAGAAGUUAGACCUGUUCCUCAAAAGAUCAAGGAAGAAGCGCCCAAGGAAUACGAGAUCAAGGUCAAAGAAAGUGAAAUUGAAAAACCAAAGGAAGAAAUCUUAGAGGAACAAGUCAGUUUACCAUCGAAGAAAAAACCAGUACCUCAAGUCACAGAAGAACCAGAAGAAGAAGUCAAACUCACCCCGAAGAAACCAACUGAAGAGGUGCAGGAAGAAAUAAAAAUUAAGAAGAAAUCAAAGAAAGAACCUAAAGUUGAAGAAGCUGAGGCAGCGCUGAAGGUAACAGUUGUAGAAGAAACUCCAGCUGCUCCCGAAGUUGUAGAAGAAAUUGAAGAAGUCGAAGAAAUCGUGCCAAAACAAAUAGAAGAAAAGCCUAAGGAAUAUUAUUUCAAGGUAACAGAAAGCGAAACCGAAAAGCCUAAAGAAGAAUUACCAGAAGAACAAGUUACUCUUCCAAAGAAAAAGAAACCAAUUCCACAAGUAACAGAAGAACCCGAAGCAGAAGUUACGUUGAAAACAAAGAAGCCGACGGAGGAAGUGCAAGAAGAGGUUAAAAUUAAGAAGAAGGCCAAAAAGGUACCCAAACCAGAAGAAGCUGCUGCCGAACUAAAGGUAACAAUUGAGGAAGAGGUACCACAAGAGCCACAGAUAGAAGAGGUAGAAGAGAUAGAAGAAGUUGUAGUCACAAAGCAAGAACAACCUGAAGAAAAACCGAAAGAAUACGAAUUCAAGUUGAAAGAAACUGAACCGCAACCUCAACAAAUAAUCGAAGAAGAAGUAUCAUUACCACAGAAGAAACCUAUUAAACCGGAAACUAAAGAGGAGCCAGAAGCAGAGGUAACUCUAAAACCUAAAAAGGAUGUCGAAGAAGUUAAGGAAGAACUAAAGGUUGUGAAAAAGAAACAAAAGAAACCCAAAGAGGAAGCAGCUACAGAGUUAACCGUACAAGUGGAGGAAGAAGUCGUACCCGAACCAAUUGUUGAGGAAGUGGAGGAAAUCGAAGAAGUUAUUGUUCCCAAGAAACCAAAGGAGAUCGACGAAACAGAAGAAGUAAAAGUUAAACUGGUGAAACCUGCACCAGAAGAAGCUCCAGAAGAUGUGCAAAUCGAUGUUGUACUUAAGCCGAAGAAACCCAAAGAAGUUGAAACAGAGGAGUUCGCUGUUGACGUUAAGCUACCAAAGCAAAAAGUAACAACACAGGAAACUACCGAUGAAACUGUUGCGCUGAAGAAGAAAAAGAAGCCCAAACCAGCGGUCGAAGAAGCCGCCGAUGAAUUGAAGCUCACUAAGGAAGUGGUUGAAGAGCGUCCAAUUGAAAUCGAAGAAGAAGAAAUAGUUGAAGAAGCUAUAGUUAUGCGCCGCAAACCGAAGAAGGCCUUUGAACCCACUGUGGAAGAGCACGAAGAGCAAGAAUUCAGUUUGUCUUUGAAGAAGCCACUACAAAUUAAUAAAGACGUGGCUGAAGAAGCAACGGUGCUGAAAAAGCGACCAUCCAGGCCAAUGGCAUUUGAUGAAGCGGGCGCAGAACUUUCACUAAAACGAGAAGAGGAGUACGAAGAAGGUGAAGAUGUUGAAGAGUUUGUCGUCGAAAGAGGACCAAAACCAAAAGCUUUACAAGUAACAGAAGAACAGGAUCAAGAAUAUACUGUUAAGAAAUUGAAACGCCGCAAGAAGGGUGUGGAAAUUCCCGAAUUCACCGAUGUCGAAAAUGUUACAUUCCGUCCAAAAACCAUUAAAACAAAAGAAGAUGUCGACCAAGAAUUCAAUAUCGCAUUAGAUUCAUACGCUGAAGAGGAAAUUUCUAUGUCUGGCAAAGUGAAGCUGAAGAAACCAAUUACGAAGACAUACUCCGAAGCCGCUGAUGAAGCUAAAGUGAAAAUCUUCCAAGAUUACGAAGACGAUGAUGGUCCAAUCAUCGAAGAGAUACGCGAUGACAGUAGCAUUGAAGACACCAUGUACGAUGUAGAAGAACCAGAAGAAUAUCAAGUCGAAGAAUUACCACCAGAUGACUUUGCCUUCACAAUUAAGCCGAAGAAGCCUGCCAAGCCCAGAUACUCAAUACAAGACGAAGAGGAGGAACAAUUUUUGAUUGGAUUACGACGACCAAAGAGCGAUUCGGUAACGUACGAUGAGGACUCAUUCACAUUCAAAAAGAAGCGAAAGGUGAUCCAACAGAUUUUCAACGAAGAGGGCGCUUCUCUAAAUAUAACGCGCGAAAUGAAUAUCGAAGAAACCGAUGACGAGAAUGCAAUGUAUUCCAUUUGCAAUUAUAUCGCCGAUAAUGACGAAGCCAUUAAUUUGGUGGAAGGCGAGAAAGUCUACGUGAUUGGUCGUCACAGUUCGGAAUGGUGGUAUGUAAAGAAAAAUAUCACAGAAGAGGAAGGCUGGGUACCGGCGCAAUAUCUAAUGGAACCUACCGAAUACACACACUAUGUACAAAAGAAAUUGCAUGAGAAAAUCGACAAGCUUCCAGUGUUUGAACGUCCCGGUCCCGAAGAGAAGCCAAUGGCACCACGUUUUAUUGAAAAACUACAGCCUAUACAUACACCUGAUGGUUAUACAGUGCAGUUUGAAUGUAAGGUUGAAGGCAUACCACGCCCACAAAUCGCUUGGUUCCGCGAAACGGCUAUUAUAAAGCCUUCUCAAGAUUUCCAAAUGUACUACGACGAUGAUAAUGUGGCUACAUUGAUCAUACGUGAGGUAUUCCCAGAGGAUGCGGGUAAAUUUACCUGUGUAGCUAAAAAUGCUGCCGGUUUCACAUCAACCACAACGGAGUUAAUUGUCGAGACACCAUUAUCAGAUCAUGGUUCCGACGCUACGGGAUUGUCCCGCAGGAGUAUGUCGCGUGAGUCAUCACUAGCAGACAUACUCGAAGGUAUACCACCAACAUUCUCACGCAAGCCCAAAGCGCAAUAUGUUGACGAAAAUACGAAUGUCAUAUUAGAAUGCCGCUUAGUCGCUGUGCCAGAGCCGGAUAUUGUUUGGACUUUCAAUGGCGAGGAAAUCGAUGUUAAAGAGACCAAAAAUAUACGCAUCGUUACGGAAUCUGAUAUGCAUAUGUACUGUAGUGUUGUACAUAUCACAAAAGUGAAGAAAUCACAAGAAGGCACUUAUGAAGUAAUCGCCACUAACCGGGAGGGCGAAUCUCGUUUGCCGAUUGUAUUGAAGGUACGUACGGAUGAGAAGGAACCACCACAAAUUUUGGAACCACUGCGUAAUACGGUCGUGCGCGAAGGCGAGAGCGUGGUAUUAACGACACAAAUCGUUGGUAAUCCGCGUCCAAAGGUGACCUGGUACAAAGAUGGCAAACCGAUAACGAAAAACACAAAGUCAGACAAAGAUACGCACACAUUGACAUUGAUCUCACCAAAGACUGCUGAAGGCGGUGAAUACACCGUAAAGGCGGAGAAUCCAUUGGGUAGCGUGGAAACAACGGCUAACCUAACCAUUGAAGAACCCUCUAGCGGCAAUGCCGAACCACCGCUCUUCGUCGAACGCUUCGAGGAACAGUCUGUGCCACAGAAGGGUACAAUUCGUUUACCGGCUAAGGUUACUGGACAACCAGUGCCUGAGGUGCAAUGGCUAUUCAACAACAAUCCACUCUAUCCGUCGGAACGCAUACAGCAAGUAUAUGAUGGCGAGAAUAUUGAGCUCAUCAUCAAGGAUGCCAAUCCCGAUACAGAUUCAGGCGAUUACAAGUGUAUCGCCAGCAACCCGAUCGGCAAAACAUCGCAUGGUGCGCGCGUCAUUGUGGAGGUUGACGAAGUUACAUUCACCAAAAAGUUAAAGAAAACCAUUACCAUUGAAGAAAUUCAGUCGCUUACGUUGGAAUGUGAAACCUCACAUGUGGUUACGACGAAAUGGUUCUUCAAUGGCAAAGAACUCAGCGGUAUGGACCAUCGAGUGGUGGUUGAAGACGGCAAGGUACACAAACUGGUUAUACGUAACACCAAUCUGCGCGAUAGUGGCACUUAUGUGUGCAAAGUUAAAAAUAUAGAGACUGAAUCCACAGUAGAAGUUUUGCCGCGUAAACCAGAAUUCAUUAAGAUACUAGAAGAUUACGAGGUAACCGAAAAGGAAACCGCAAUUUUAGAUGUAGAAGUUUCUACAGAUACCGCGGAGGUCGUGUGGUACAAGGAUGGCGAAAAGAUCACACCCGAAAAGAAGAAUGUUGAACUCGUUAAAGAGGGCAAGGUGCGAAAGCUUAUAAUUCAUGAUUCCACCAUACAUGAUGAGGGUGAAUACACCUGUAAACUAGAGGAACAGGAAUGCACUGCUGAACUUACAGUAAUAGAAUUGCCACCGGAAAUCAUAAAACCACUCGAGAAUGUUACCGUAACUAAAGGCGAGAAUGCUGUCUUCGAAAUUGAGCUAAGUAAGGGUGAUGCCUUGGUUAAGUGGUUCAAGGAUGGCAAAGAGCUUCCACUUAACGAACACGUACAGCUCACCAUUGAUGGCAAGAAGCAAA